ACUUGGCUGGGACGGGGAGGGAGGGGUCGGGAGCCACAGAGCCUCAGGCUUCCGCCAGGCCCCAGGUUCUUGGGAGCUCCGCGGGUCCCGGCCCAGGUAUCCAGAAAUUAUUCCAAAGGACGCAGGGCAGGUGGAUGACUUAAUUGGCCUGUGGCUGACCUGUGCCCACUCUGAGCUCCCCCUGAACUAAUCAGAGCCUUGUCAGCGACGCACCACCACACCCACUAAGGGGCACUUAAGACAGAGGAAGCUGGAGUCCGGGGACUCUUAAGACCAAGGCUGGGCCUGGCCCAGGUGACAAACAGGAAGUGCUCAGGCAUCCAGGAGACACACCUGGCUUUCAGAUGAGGAAGACUGGGGCCUGUUGGAAGUACAAAGCACAGCCCCUGCACCCUCUGCCCCUGAGAGCUCCAUGCAGGUGCCACAGGAUGGAGAGGACUUUGCUGGCCAACCCUGGUACCACGGCCCACUGUCCCGCCAGAAGGCUGAGGCCCUUCUCCAGCAAGAUGGUGACUUCUUAGUUCGUGCAUCUAAGUCCCGUGGGGGCCACCCUGUGAUCUCCUGCCGUUGGCGGAGCUCAGUCCUACACUUCGAGGUGUUCCGUGUGGCCCUGCGCCCCCGGCCAGGCCGGCCCACAGCCCUCUUUCAGCUAGAGGAUGAGCGUUUCCCAAGCCUGCCUGCCCUGGUUCGCAGCUAUGUGACCGGCCAGCGUACACUGUCCCAGGCCACGGGAGCUGUGGCAUCCAGGCCAGUGACGCGGCAAGGACCUAUUCGACGCAGCUUUAGUGAAGACACCCUUCCAGACGGCCCGGCUUGGACAGAGCCACUCAGGGGUAGGAAGCGGAGUGACAGUCAGCCCGCAGGCUUGGAGCAUAUGGGGCAGCCAACAGAAGACCACCCUGGUUCAGGAGCUUCCACUAUGCCUGCAUCUGCCCUGCCUCGGACAGGUAGUGACUCCGUGUUGCUAAAGGUGCCCGUUCCCCUGGGGUCCAUUGCUGACAGCCUCAGGGCCUCUGAUGGGCAGCUUCAUGCCAAGGCACCAACCAAGCCACCUCGAACAUCCUCACUGAUGCUGCCUGAUGCCUCUGGACGCCCCCCAACGUACUGUGAGCUGGUGCCCCGAGUGCCCAGGGUCCAGGGAACACCUGCUGGCCACAGCUGCCCAGAGCCAGAGGCGCCAUGGUGGGAGGCUGAGGAGGAGGACAGAUGUUUUGCAAGACCGCAGGCAGAGGUCUCUUUCUGCCCACCUGACAACCCCUUCGGCCUGCUGGGCUCCCAGAAUCGGCCUCUGGAAACCGAAGUCCUGCAUACUCUCCAUGGCCUGUUCCUGGAGCACCAUCCUGGGAGCACCGCUCUCCACCUGCUAUUGGUGGAUUGUCAGGCGACUGGCCUCCUGGGAGUGACCAAGGCUCAGUGGGGCGCCAUGGGGGUCGCCUCUGGUCUGGAGCUGCUCACACUUCCCCAUGGGCAUCGCUUGAGGUUGGAACUGCUGGAGAGGCUCGAGACGCUGGCACUGGCGGGGGCGCUGGCAGUGCUGGGCUGCGCAGGGCCGCUGGAGGAGCGCGCGGCCGCCCUGAGGGGCCUGGUGGAGCUGGCCCUGGCGCUGCGGCCAGGGGCAGCGGGAGACCUGCCCGGACUGGCCGCGGUCAUGGGCGCCUUGCUCAUGCCCCAGGUGUCGCGGUUGGAACGCACGUGGCGCCAGCUGCGAAGGAGCCACACCGAGGCUGCGCUGGCCUUCGAGCAGGAGCUGAAGCCACUGAUGCGGGCGCUGGAUGAGGGCGCCGGACCCUGCGACCCGGGGGAGGUGGCGCUGCCGCACGUGGCGCCCGCGGUGCGCCUGCUGGAGGGCGAGGAACUCCCCGGGCCCCUGGACGAGAGCUGCGAGCGGCUGCUGCGCACCCUGCACCGGGCGCGUCUGCUGGCCCGGGACGCGCCCAGAUUCCGCGAGGCGGCGGCUCGGCGCCUGCGAGGCACAACCCCUAAAGUGGGUCCCCCAGGAUCUCGCCCCAGGAACAGACUGCCCCGGUGCACCCACCGAGCCCCUCAGCCACCCCACCCCCACUGCUGCAGACUCAGGAGCUCCCUCCCGGCUAACCCUACCCAGUUGUCCAGGAUUCCGGCCCCACCCGGAGCUGAGAGAGGCCCUGACCACUGGUUUCUUGAGGAGGCUGCUCUGGGGGAGCCAAGGAGCUGGGGCGCCGUGGGCCACACGUCUUGAGAAGUUCCAGCGCGUCCUCACCGUCCUGUCGCAGCGCCUGGAGCCUGACCAUUGAGAGCACAGACCGCCCCCCCCAUCUUCACGCUGGGAUACCAAGGCUUCCAUGGAGACCAAGGAAGCCGCCCAAGCUUCCUCACACAGCCAAAUGCAGUGGGGACCUGCACCCUGCCUCACAGGAGGGGACCUGGUUUGCAAGAACCCACACUGUGCCCUAAAAAGGCACACUGAUCCUGGCGGAGGGCAGCCUCCUCCCCACACUAGAAGACCCAGAUGUCUGGAGGCUCUGGCCGCCCUCUCCCACAUGCCCCCUCGCAUAUCCCACAAAGGGUGAACGUGUGGCUUUUAAUGUUAAAGAGAACUUGCAGAUCUGUAAGAGGCCUGAGUUCAAAUAUGUUUUAAAAGCUGUGUGACUGGGCCUCCCUGGUGGCGCAGUGGUUGAGA